AGGCAGGCAGAGACAGUCUGUUCGGUCGUUCACGCGGUUUCGCACAGCCCGUCCAGCCCGUACUGCACGGAACCCGUUCUUUCGCGCGUUUUUUUUGUCGUUUUUUUUCCCUCAACCUCCACCCGUCCGUUCCGUUUUCCCGCUCACGCACUACGCCGCCGUCGUGUUUUUUUUUUCUUUUCCGCCGCUGUUAACCGCGGCAACGUACGUUUUGUUAUUGUUGUUUAUCGUGUACCGCGCACCGCCGUCGCCGUUCCCGCGGAGUCCCACUGCAGCAUCCCGAACGGUUUCUAUUCGGAAAAAUGGCCGCAAACUUUUCGUGUGAGUAUCAAUCGCUACAGCGUCGGUCGCGUAACAUUAUCGAAUUCUGUUCGGAACGCGCGCGACCGUCCGCCCGCCGGUCGUCGCGGAUAACAAACAACCGGAAACCCAAUCGUAGUCUCGAUUGUCGCGGUUCCGUGCACCGCGUAUUGCCGUAACCCGCGCGUUCUCGGUCUCGUCCGACCGCCUCUUUCUCGUCACCCACGGUCUGCGCUAUUCGGUUCUUGGUGUACCGCGAUAAAUCGCGCACAAUAGCCCGCGCGAUGCCCGUUCAUGUUGCACGACCUUUUGGAGGAGCGGUCGUGUUUCUCGGAUCGCUUCGUCGAUCUACUGUGUCGCCAGCCCUCGCCCCCCCCCCUUACCUUUCCCCCGUAUGAAUGUUCGGUUUUUUUUCUUGCCUCCCCUAUGCACGGGCGCGCGGUUUUAUGCGCGAUGUCUCGUAGUUUCGGCCGGCGGCCGCCCGGUCGAGAAACUUCGGCUCAGAGGACCGCGCCGCUCCGCACCGUUCCGCGGGACUUCGGAUAGGACGCCGUGGCGAAACGACAAUCUGAAUUACGGGCGAUGACAUUCCCGUUAUUAUAAUAUUAGAGGGCUUUUUUUUCAGAGAGAGAGAGAGAGAGAAAAAAAAAAAUGAACGCGAAAAUUGACGCGACUCUCUUUUGCCGCGUCGUCCUUUUCCGGAACAAAGCCCUCGUCGUACGGCCGUCGAUAAUAUCAUUUAUCCCGGUGGCGCUCAAACUGUAAUUUUUUUUCUCGCGGUGUAGCGGAAUUCGGAAUUCAUAACCGCCUCCGCCCACCGCGAACGUGUUCGUAUCUAAAUUUCACCCAAAACGCCCAAAAAACACCAACAAGUAUAACUCUUGAACGUUUGUAGCGCCCAAUUGUACCCAGACCGUCCCCCGGGAACGUCCGCACGCCCGGCAUAUGAAAAGGGCGAAUCGCUAAUCGGCGUGGAAACGUUCCGGCGUGGUCGUGUUGGAACCAUCGGCAUUCGUGUAUAGGAUAUCCGGGGCGACCGUCGGGGAAAAAUCGCCGUUGGCGGUCGGGUAGGACAGGAUUACGGCGCGGGGAAUCGUCGAUCGGCGAUGAUGAUUUAGCGUCCGCGAAAAUAAUGCGGCGGCGGCGGCGGCGGCCACCUACCACGGUACAGUUUGGUCACCACUGAUUUGUCCUCCGUGUCGGCCGCCGACGUUGUUGCGCGUUUCCGCGGUCCGUAAAAACCGUUCCGACCGUUGACUAUUAUUUCGCCGCCGCGUCGUCGGGGUCCGGGCGGGCGGCUACGGCAUCUCAAGAAACCGUGCGUGAAUACCAAACUGCAGCAGUUGUCGGCCGGCGCGUGCGUUACGCGAGCGUGCAAGAAUAGCCGGUCGGUUUUCGUCGCUCCCCGCGAUGAUAACGAUAAUAAUAACAGUUGGUUUGUUUAUUUAUUCGCGUGCCAUUACACAACGAACCGAUAGCGCCGGGUCGAAUUCCCCAUUAGGUAAUCAGCGUGUUAUGAAAACGAACGGCGAACGAACGCGUUCAAGGUUCAAGCGAAAAUAACGAAAAUCGAGUGUCGUGUUGAACCGAAUAUCGACGUCCAGGGAGUCCGUACGCCGAGUACAUUCCGCAACGCACUCGACAAGACGGAAUUAUCAUUUUUAUUUUUAGAGUUCCCGCGCCACACAAUAGGAGGACGUCGUAUUCACGCGGCGUACGAGUCGACCCUCGCAGAAGGAAUAGAAAGAAAAAAAAAAUUAACAUUCGACGAUAAACCCGCCAGACGUCCGGCGAUAUUAUCGCGUUCGUGUUUUCUCAUAUUGCUCGUGCACAUUAUUGUUGCGCACGUCUCGAAAACGAACCGAUCGCACAUUCCGGUCAGGUAGUCAGGGCAAGUCCACCUACCCGCCGAAAAGACCUUCGGACCGGGCGGGGGGUUCCUUUGUCGCGCGCGACGACGGAGGGGAAAAAGAAAGAAAAAAAAAGGUCCCCGGGUCGACGGGGGAUGGAUUUUGAAAAUAAUACGAAUUUUUUUUUCUCGCCGACAACAAUAAGGUGGCAGCCCUGCGGCCGCGGUGGGUACCGUGGCGUGGUGUGGUGCGUUUUGUGCGGCUGCCCGUGUGCUCGAGUGGGCGACGGGUCGUGCGAUAUUUUUGGAUAACCGAAAACCGCCGGGGAGAGGGCCGCGAGGGUGUGCGCGCUCGAUCGUUUCGAACCGACCAAAAUUGGCGGUUAGUCGAGGGCAGCACAGGAAAAAAAAAAAAAUCAAAUCGAAACGAACAAGAAACCGACACGUUUUCGCUUCCACGAGGUCGGUGCAACGGUAAACGCCCCGCCCAAAACCGUACCGCCGCGUCCUCCUCCGCCUCGCCGGUCGCUACUGCGGCGCGCGCGCACGCGCACUCUCCGCGCUCGGUUUUGUGCGGUCGAGGCCCCGGACACUUGUGUUGUGUUUUUGUCGCGCUCGUCCGAAUCGUUCGUCCGUCCGCGCCGCUCCGUUCCCGUCGAUUUCAUCUCGUUUAUACCGUUCAUCGCGUUUUUCUCGCGUUUUUUUUUUUUUUCUGCGUUUGUAAUUUUCGCGCACGCGCACUUCGGCCGCCGAGCGUACGCGCCAGUCCAGCAGCCGUCGCUCGAGACGAAUACCGUACCUCCGACAAUACUACUUGAUAGUAUUUUCGUUGUUGUCGUUCCGAUUGCCGGCAAAGUUUUCAACCGUCCCGUCGAGAAAUGGCGAAAAUCUACUCUUGUAAGUAUCCGACGACUUCUCGCUGCGACCGCGGGCCUCCCGAUCUUACAGGCGCCCGUCCCUUGACCGCCGUCCGCUCGACGCCACCCCUAUCUCCCCUAUCUCGAUUGGCGUUUUUCCGCCACGGAAUUCCGUGUGUCCGCGCCAUUCGUUUGACCGCCGUAGUCGAUUUUCAAAACGCGUAGCCCCCGUUUUCGCAGGCCCGUCCGUCGUGUUACGAUCUAUUUGUGAGACGAUAAUUAAACCGUACCCGCUGCGCGGCCCCAUAUCGGAUUUCUUUUUCGACUGCCCGUACCCCGUGUGAACAGAAACGUGUUGGAAAUUACGUUUUUAAAGUCCGAGGUAUCUGGGCCACGCGAUAUUCCCGUUUCUGAAAACGCGUUUGAAUAAGUAGGCCACCUACCGCGUAGCCGCGCGACAUUGUAAUGUUCAAUCGGCCGCAUUAAAAUGCCUCGGCAACAUUAUCAAAUAUGACUGCAGGGACGUACGCGAUGUAAAUACAAACAAAAUACGUCUACAAGAGUUUUCGUGUAGAUAAGUGUACUUUUAACGUCUCACUGGGUUAGAUAAAAAUAACGUAGAUAACGUAAUAUGAGUGCGCGGAUUAAGUUAUUGUGGACAGACAAGGAGGAGGUACACUAUCUGUGUAUUGUUUUGAUGUAGACUAUACUGUGUUUGAGAAUAACGUGUUGCAUUUUUUUUUUUUUUUCUGAUAACUAGCAAAGGUUACACUCAACAACUCGCGUAUAGGCAGCGCACUCAUUAGCCGGUAGACAUUAAAAUAGGUACCUACCGACGUAUUAUUUGUUUAAUAACGUACCGUAGGUGGUUAAUAUUUACCAGUUUGUUAAUUUUUUAUUUGUUUUAUCAAACAAAUCUGCAAACAAACGACAUUUUAUUGGUUAUAAAUGACACAUUUUUACCGCCUUUGUAUUGUGUUCGGUACCUAUCUAUGCGUUUUUUUUUUUUGUUUAAACAAUUAACACCGAGUACCUAUUGGUUUUAUAUUCACUCUGUUUAUAUGGAGAAUACAAAAAAAAAAAAUACAUUUAUACCUUAACAGUCAUGGUGUAUAUACUAUGUUUACAAAGACUAAAUCUAAAACAUCCAUUGACUCAUCAAUGACUGUCGAACGGUCAUUUUUUUUUUUUUUUUUUUUUUUUGCUAUCGGAUAACCUAAACACAGUAGUUUUCAAAAUGUGUGGUGUGAAAGAAAGGUCCUUAUUGGAGAAAAAGUUAUUUGUGGCGAAACACACACAGUGUUUAUGAAAAAUUUGAAAACCACCGACCUAAGCAAUUUCAUCGGUUUACCUAAUACAAAUAUUUGUUCAGUGAAUUUUAAAAAAAAACCUAUUUGUGUUAUUGGCUUUUUUUAUUUCGAAAUUUUGGUUUAUUAUUAAUUUUUCUAUUCAAAAUUUUGCCGAAUCAUUGGUGAUUGAUAAUAAUAAUAGAUGCUUUGUAAUAAUAUGUAAGGUACCUAUCGAAAUUUUAAUUAAACGUGUUUUUCUGAUAAAAAAAAAAAAACUUGAGGAAUUUGGUCACUAUAGAUAUUAUUUUCUUAUAGUUUUCUACCCACCUAAUUAUUGAAAUACUAAUUUUAAAUUAAAAGUGUAGAUAGAGAGUAUUAUAGUUUUUUUUUUCCUUUUUUUGUGCUUUUAGCAAUAUUUGUUUAUAAUUUAAUAUUUUUACUGAUAUUUCUAUAUCAAAUUGUUCAUGACUUCAAUAAAAUAAAAUCACGGAAGUAGUUAGUAGGUAUUAACUGUUGUAAUAGGUAACUAUUGGUAAUGUUGUAUCAUUUAAAAUAACCUUAAACUAGUUAACUCAAUUAUCACCUUCAUUAUUCUAUUAAUAAAACCAACUGACAUUAACAUUAAUUAUUAAAAGAAAUAGGCAUUAUUAAAUAUAUUUUAAACCGGGUUUUAAAUUAAACAAUUGUUAUUACUUUUCAUAACAUAAAAUAUCGAGUGACCUAUUGAAUGAUUUAUUUUAUUUUUGUCCAUUUAACAGCGAUUCUAUAACUGAAUUUUUUUCUUUGAAAGUUUACUAAGAUAUGAAUGUAAUAUUAUUAAUUUUGAUUUUAAAUGCUUGGGUAGUCACUUAAAUAAAUUAUUUAGACCUAAUAUACCUAUCUUUUGUUGUUUUUUUUUUUUUUUACAAAUAUAUAGGUACAUAAUUUAUAUUCAAUUUUUUUAAACUUGUAAUUUUAGUAAUUGCUACUCGUAUAGAUGUAAAAUAUAAAGAUAUUCUGUUACCUACUAAUUAUUUAGUUUUAAAUUGAAUGUUUUUGAAUAAUAAAUUGUAAAACAGUAGGUAGGUAGUACAGAGCACAAAAAUGCAUUCUAGAUUUAAAAAAAUGGAAUGUCCUCUAAUUAAAACAUUGUACAUUUACUUUGUAUUAUGUGUGUUUAACUACGAAAGAAAUCAAAAAUUUAAUUUGCAUGUACUGUACUGUAAUGCAGCUUAAUAAAAUUUAUAUUUUAACUGUGCAUACUUUUAACAAAUAUGUAUUAAUAAACCCGUAAACAAUACUGAUAACACUCAAUAUGUUUAAAAAAUGUAAAUAUGUGAAGAUUAGAUUUGUACUUGGGUAGGUAAUUACAAACAAAUAUUUUAUUUUUACUUAAUUUGAUAUUUGGUACCUAUAUACAUUUUGAGGAAAAAACUAUGUUUCAUAUUAUUUUUUUUUUUCUUCUAAAUUUCUUAAAAUGAAAAAUCUAAGCUAGUAUAAAUAUUGACUCCAUGAUGGUAUGCGAUUGGAAAAUAGAUGAAAACUUUUAAUAAUAAAACUAAUUUACCGUUACUGUGUCCAAUGGACUACAGUGAACCAAUAUUUGAAACACACACUGGAUGACAAUGUUCACGUCUUUGUAGAUAGUUUCAGAAAAUACAAUCCUUUUGAUAAAUUGUUGGAUUAGCUGCGCGUAAAUUCUGUUUUGUUAUAUUUACACGGGUUCAAGGUUGAACACUGCAUAUAUGUAUUGUCUUCUCGAUGAAUUAUGUUUUGGAAUUCUUUUUAAUUUGUUUUUUUCGUUGUUUAAUAUAGCUUAUUGACUAUUAUCGAAUAUAUAGCUACGCAGAAACUAUCAUAAAAUCAUACCUAUAAAAAAAAACUUCUAAUGAAUUACCUAUAGCACAGUAUGUUGGUAAUAGAUUUAUGACUAGGUGCACCAAAUUAAACUAUGGAUAAUUCAUUGGUAGCUUACACAUGUGCAAUAUAAUAUAUAUUUAUAUACAUUUUACUGAUGUACACUGGAACAUAAUGUUUUUGUAUUUUUCAGCUGUUAUUAGUUCCAAUACUUUAUCGAAAUUCCGUGACGCAUUUUACAGUGAUGCUAAAAAUGUGUUGGCUCAAAAUGCUUGUUCUCGCGUUAGUCCAACAGAAGUAAGCACUUCAAGGAAUAGAGUUCAAGAAGCUCAUCAUUAUUAUACGCACAAGGUUUGUUUGUUGAUCGAAAAUAUUUAUUUUAUAAUAAAAAUACUUUUUGAUUUUACAUUUUUAUUAUGUCAAUAGAUUGAAUCUGAAGGAAAACCUGUGACUAACCAAAAAAGUUCAGGACGCUGCUGGAUAUUCGCUUGUUUAAAUGUGAUCAGAGUUCCGUUUAUCAAACAGUUUAACUUAGAAGAAUUUGAGUUCAGUCAAGCUCAUAUAUUUUUCUGGGAUAAGGUAAUAUUUGUUUUAAAUUCCACCAGUUGUUACCGAUUUUAUGGGGGAAAUAUUGUAUAUGAGUAUGUCCUUGGCCCGAUUCAAGGACCAACAUAACAAUAGGUGGUCCCUUCUACACAAUUGUGUGCUCUUUCAAUAGAACUGGUUUUUUUCCCUCUUAAGGGAUAUAAAAUGCAUUGUGACUACAAUGAAGGUUUAACCAUAUAACAAAUAGAACAUUGCACAGAUUUUUCAAAUAAAAUAUUUUCAUGGCUGUUGUCCGAUUGUGUAUUAUUAUUUAUUUUAAAGUUUAAAUUGUUCAUACGUUAGUAUUUUUAGUUAUUUUUACUUAAAUAAAUUAAGUAUAUUGUGUGUACAAACUUAUUGUGAUUAAAUUUUUUUUUUUAUGUAUAAUAUAUACUAUUAUUUAGUAAUUAAAUAAUUUUUUAAAAACCAAACUCAAUAACUGUAAGUAUUAUGUAAGUAGGGGUGUAUUUACUUACAUGUUUACCAAUUUUAGACUUGUGUAGGUGUUGUCACCUUAAAUUACUAAAAAAAAUAUUAUUGUUAUAUUAAUAAAACUAUGCAAAGUAAAUUAUUUAGUUUAUAUUGUUAUAAUGGUUUUUAGAUUUUUAACACAUCUUAAAAAAAUUGUCUUAUAAAUAUUUAAUAUUAGGUGUGUAUUCAAUAUUUCAUGCAAAUCUGCUUCUUUAUAAAUACUGAAAAAUAUGCAUUUGAAAUAUACUCAUAUUAUUUAAACAGAUUUUAUAUAUAUAUAUUAAAAUAUAUUUAAGUUAUUUUCAUUUUAUAACUAAUUAUUAUUGUGUUAAAGAUUGAAAGGAGCAAUUACUUUUUGAAUGCAAUCAUACAAACGGCUAAGCGAGGCGAAACAAUUGAUGACAGAACUACUGCUAGUUUACUAUCUGUAAGUGCAUUUAACUAUAUUAUUAAAGGAAAAAUUAUAUAAAACUUCACAAUAUUUUUUUUUUUUUUUUUUUAAUGAAGAAACCCAUUGAAGAUGGAGGUCAGUGGGACAUGUUGGUCAAUAUAAUCACCAAAUAUGGUUUGAUACCAAAGAAGAACUACCCAGAGUCUUUCAGUUGUGAAGCCAGUAAUACAAUUAAUGUUAUUCUAAACAGCAAGGUAUUGUUUUAUGUCAUAGUGACUUAUGUAAACAUUGUUUAUGCUAAACAUUUUGUAUUUUUAGCUUCGCGAAUUUGCCAUCGAAUUGCACAAACUUGUCAGUGAUAAUGCAACAGACAAUGAGAUUAACGGCAAAAUUGAACAGCAAAUGGAAAUCAUAUUCCGAAUUACUGGUAUUUGUUUGGGUAUACCACCAACUACGUUUCAAUGGAAUUACUAUGACAAGUCUAAACAAUUUCAUACAAUUGGUCCUAUUUCACCAUUGGAAUUCUACGAGAAACACGUUAAACCAGUGUUUGAUGUUACAGAAAAGGUAUGCACUAGAGUUAGGUUAUAAUAUUCAACAAUUCAUGUUGUCACCUUGGUGUUGUGAGUUAAUAGGUCAAUUGAUGUAACCCUCAAUAAUUAUUAUAUUUUACUAAAUUGUAUGUAUAUAUUUUACUUUUUUUGUACUAUAAAGUUAAAUUUUAUUUUUUUUAAAUACUAAAAUAGUUAUUUAUUGUGUACUUCAUUGUGUAUUGAUAUUAAUUUAAAUAAAACAUAAUUGUAAAUAAUUUCAAAAUGUUAUAAGGGUAUCAUUAUUUUACCACUAAAAAUGUAUACUACUUAAAAUAAUUUAUAGGGAUAUAGCUUGAUGGUUCGAUUUUAAUUUACACUAAUUGAUCCAUUAAAGAAUAAAUUGAUAAUAUUGAUAUUAAUGUUAGCGCUAAUAUCAAUUGACACUAUUUUAUCAGUUUGGCUUACACUAAAACAAAUUUUAAAUUAAAUUUAGACAGAAAAUAAUCAUUUUAGGGUUACAAUAUUUGAUCUAAAUGUGUAUGCACUUCUAAAUUAUCAAUUAGAAUUUAACAUAAAUAAAUAAAAAAAUGAAUCUCAUUCAAUUGGCCAAUUAACCUAUGAUAUUUGUAUUAAUGUCUAGGUGUGUCUGAUUUCGGAUCCAAGGCCAAACAACAAAUAUGGUAGAUUGUAUACUUUGGAUAUGUUAAAUAAUAUGGCUGGCGGUCGUAAAGUUCUCUACAACAAUCAACCCAUUGAAGUAUUAAUCAAGGCAGCUCAGGAAUCCAUUGUGACUCGGGGUGAACCCGUGUGGUACGGUUGUCAGGUCAGCAAACGAUUUUCUGACAAACUUGGCUUAGAAGAUUUGAAAAUGUAAGUGGUUUUGAAAUAAUCUCUAAAUGUUUAUAAUUGUUAAAAUAAAAAUUAUAUAUUGAUCUAUUUAUUUUAGCCACGAUUACCAGUUAGUUUUUGGAACUGAUGUUUCAAUACCAAUGUCUAAAGCUGAACGCAUGUUAUACGGUGAAUCUGCCAUGACACAUGCAAUGGUAUUGACUGGAGUCAAUAUAGAAGUGAGUAAAUCCUAAAAAUAAAAAUUAGAUACAUUAUUUAACUAACUUUUUUAUGUUUUUUUUCCAUGUGUUUAAGGUUGGCCACUCUAGUUCUUAAUCUCCACUUAACUUGGUCUUCCACAUUAUUUAUAUUCCAUCUUGUAUCACUCAAUUGUACCUAAUCAUCUUUUCUUGAUAUUCCUCUUUUCUUAAUAUUAUCCACAUUAGUUUGUAAAUUCAAAAUAAUUAUUUAUAAAAUGUUUGUUUAGAACGGUGCUCCAAACAAGUGGCGUGUCGAAAAUUCGUGGGGCGAAGACCGUGGUGAUAAAGGGUAUUUGAUGAUGACCACAGAUUGGUUCAAGGAAUUUGUGUUCGAAGUUGUCGUGGAUAGGAGUCUUUUAUCAGAAGAGGUGUUGGCUGUGUUCCAACAGGAACCCCAAGUACUGCCCAUAUGGGAUCCUAUGGGAACAUUAGCUUAAUUAUACAUUCUAAUGUUUUAACUGAGAAUUACAAUUUUUAUUUUCAUCCACUUAAAAUAUAUGAAUAAUUUAUACUUAAUUAUUCAUUUUUUUUUUUUUUUUUUUUUUUAACUAUUCUAUUAUAAUAAUAUACUAAAGCAUUCAUUGUAUUUGGAUAUUUUUUUUCUUAAUUAUAAUGUUUGUGUACAGUGUAUUCAAAGUUGGCAAAGCAUAAUUGAAAGGAUACAAUAUGUUGCCUGACUCCUUAUUAGAAAUUUUAUAUAUGUAUGACUGCAAACAUAUAUAAUAUUAAUAUUAAUAUUAUACUUAUAAUAAUUAUAUUAAUAUUAUAUCUAUAGUUUAAAACUCACUGAUAAACUCUUCAGUGUUAUUUUAUAAAUUGAUUUAUUUAAAAUGACUGUUGGGAAUUCAAAAAUUUGCAAACUAUUAGAUGUUAAAAUAUAAUUUGCUAAAGACUUAUUAAAAUAUCUAGAAAAAAAAUUUCAUUCAUCAGGUGCUUUAGCAACCUAUCGAUUUUUUUUUCAAACAUAUGUACAAUGAGAAAUAAUUAAGAAUAUCUAAAAUAAUGAAUAAACAAAAUUCUAUUAUUAUUUAUAUGUGUUGUUUUUUACAUGUUUUAAACCUAUUAAUAUCUAAUUUUGGCAAAUUAAUAAAUACGCGAAUGUGCACUAAAAAAAUAGCUAAAUAUACAUUAAAAAGUUAUGUAAAUAAUGUAUUAAGGAC